AUGUCUGGUCGAAUCGUUCUCCCCGACUUGUCCUCCAAGCUCAUCGACGAUGAUCGCAUCCAACUGCUCGAACCGCUAGGCGCAGGCGCUUACGGUGCUGUAUAUUCUGGCCUUAACUGUUUGGAAGACGCGACUUCGCCGUCCUACUUCGCCGUCAAGAUCAUGCCGCGGGAGGACAAGACUUCUCAUGGCGGUGCUCUCCAAUCCCGAGAGAUCAAUUAUCACGGCUACGUAUCCGGCCACCCAAACAUCUUGAAGCUGUAUCGAGUUGCGCACGACUCCGAGUACACGUACAUCAUCAUGGACUAUUGCCCUGGCGGCGACAUGUACCGCAUCGUGUCAUUGAAACACACGUUUGCUCGAAAUGAUGUCUUGAUAAAGAGUCUUUUCCUCCAGCUGGUCGACGCCGUGGACGCUUGCCACCAGAAUGGCAUUUUUCACCGCGAUCUCAAGCCUGAGAACGUUCUUGUCAGCGAUGAUAGCACUCGCCUCUUCCUCGCCGAUUUUGGGCUUGCGACGAAGUCGGAGCGCAGUACGAGCUUUGGAGUUGGUAGUUCAACCUACAUGAGCCCAGAGUGUAUCAAUUAUUAUGGAGACAAUCCAUUCUACGAGCCUCGUAUAAACGACAUAUGGGCGUUAGGCGUGAUUCUGAUCAAUAUGAUCACCGGCCGAUCUCCCUGGAAGCAAGCGAUGCCAAGCGACGAGUGCUUCUAUAGAUUCAUGCAAGACUCAUCUGUUCUCCGCCGGAUGUUGCCCCUCUCGCAGGCCGUGGACGACGUUCUCCAACGCAUCUUCCUCCCCCUUCCCGAGGACCGCAUCGAUCUGUUCACGCUACGUCAGCUUAUCCUCGAGGUGGACACAUUCUACAUGAGCGAAGAAGAACUCAUCAUUGCCACGCCACCCGCGAGACACGCUUGGGAAACAUACCAAUCCUACAGCACAGACUUGGAUCCCUUCGCUUGUGAUUCGACCAGCUCCAUCAUGCAAACAGCAUCUGAGGGCCUUUCCAGCUCUAGCUCGGAGGAAGCUGCGCCCGACGAGUCUCAGCAUGAGAUGUGCUCCGACCCAUUGUGCAGAUUGGAACAGAAGUACGUCAGUGCCCGGGUGUUCAAGCGCGUCUUAGAGGCGUCGGACUUUCGAGGAAUCUUCACUCUGGGCUCUGCCGAAGAAGAUUCGUUUUCGGACUCCAAUCGCAGCCAAUCCCCGGCGGAUGAGCUUUACCCACAUGUUCCCUCAAUGCCUUCAUCAUCCUCGUUCUACAGCGUGGAAUCGAGUUCAGCGGAAGAAAGCGAUGGUCCACGGACACCAGAGACACACGCCCAGAAUCCUGCGAUCGCGGUCCCGGACCUCAAUGAGAGCAUGGGGAUAGAGAGGGUUCCAAAGCGGGUAGAAUCAGUCGCUGCAAAGCCAAAUUCACGCACGAGAUGGUUGAAGAGACGUUUGGGGAUUAUCCAGAGUACAACGGUCUGGUAA